UCCUUCUGCACCAAAUUGAGGUGAUCAACACUGCCUCCUGUGUGAGCUCGCCAUUCAACCCCAAAAAUUUAUAUACCCGUCUAGCAAAGGCGGCGCAAAAUGAGCAUAUUCCUAUAGAAGGAAGUUCAUCCAUUACUUUGCCCGCUGACGACAUAAAUCCACCUAGGGACUAAACAUAAUUAACAAUCCCAUCGCGUGUGUCUCUUUCAACAUUGAGCCGACGCUUGUGGGAUCACCACCGCUGUGCCGUGUAACACGCCUCUUUCUAUAUUUCGCUCCCGUGGAUCCUCCUUCCUCCAUUCCUAUGUUCGACAAAUCACCCACCUGAGAUCGUUUGCUCGCGGAGACAAUGGCCGGAACUCAUGACGACAGCGGGGAACAGAGAACCGAAUUCUCACUCCCCUUACGCGCAGCAACGACAAGUGCCGCAUUCGCUCACGGCUUCGUUUCCAGUCACGGCGUUGGCAUCGUCGUAUCGGACCCGGACCAUGCCUUACCUCACGGACGGCCGGUGCCCGUCCACCACAUGUCGGCUCCACUCUACCAAGCUCCGCUACGACAUCACAAGCGCGCCGCAUCGCGCACGACAUCUGUGAAGGAAACGCUGGACGCGCAGACCCAUUACGGUAACAGCGAUAAUGACGGCUCGGCCGUGCACAAGAUCAAUCAGUAUGUCAUCAAGCAAGAGAUUGGACGAGGAAGCUUUGGAGCUGUACAUUUGGCAGUGGAUCAGUAUGGGGAAGAAUAUGCCGUCAAGGAAUUCUCUAAAGCGCGGUUGCGCCGUCGAGCACAAUCCAGUCUUCUUCGCCGUCCUCGUCCAGCAGCAAGUCGCGGUUUCAACGCACCACUCCAUCACAUAGCACCUUCCAAGUCGUCACCCAUAUGGCCGUUGAAGAAGCUGUUCCCCGACAACAACAAUGCCUUGGAUCUAAUCAAGGAGGAGAUUGCCAUCAUGAAGAAACUGGACCACCCGAACCUCGUCUCAUUGAUUGAGGUCCUUGAUGAUCCGGCUGAGGAUUCCCUAUAUAUGGUCUUGGAAAUGUGCAAGAAAGGAGUCGUAAUGAAAUUGGAUGUCGCCAACGAUUCGGACGACGAGGAUGGCCCAUCUGGUAACGAACACCGUGCUCAGCCCUAUCCCGAUCACGUCUGCCGUACCUGGUUUCGCGACCUUCUCCUCGGCAUAGAGUAUCUUCAUGCGCAAGGAAUCAUUCAUCGAGACAUCAAGCCCGACAAUUGUCUUAUCACAGCAGACGAUGUUCUCAAAGUGGUCGACUUCGGUGUCAGCGAGAUGUUCGACAAGGCCUCUGUGGGCGGCGAAGCAGACAAAUCUGACCCUAAGAAGAGCGAUGAUGAUUUGAAAACAGCCAAAUCGGCCGGCAGUCCGGCGUUCAUGCCUCCGGAGUUGUGUGUCGCGCGUCACGGUGCUAUCUCGGGCCGAGCAGCCGAUAUCUGGAGCAUGGGUGUGACGUUGUAUUGUCUGCGAUAUGGCAAAAUCCCGUUCGAGCGGAAAGGCGUCCUUGAGCUAUAUGAAAGUAUUCGCAAUGAUGACGUCGAAUUUCCGGGAGAGCUGGACGACGAUUUCCGAGAUCUCAUGGGCAGAUUACUUGAGAAGGAUCCAAUGAGGAGAAUUACAAUGGAAGAAAUCAGGGUUCAUCCCUGGGUCACGGCGAAAGGCACGACUCCGCUGCUCUCGGCCGCUGAGAACUGCGCUGCGAUGAUCACGGACCCGACAGAGCACGAUCUCAACUAUGCCAUUACUGGAAACAUGGAACACCUUCUCGUCGUCAUGAAGGCCGUCCGGCGUUUCAAAAAUGGCUUAUUCGCUCGCCAAGGCGACGGCAAGAGUCAUACUUCCAAAAGCCCACCUAUCCUUGCAACACUCUUUGGUGGGCCGGGAUCCCGACUUACGGCACCACCUGCAACAAUGCAAAAGUCGAAAAGCGUCGACGGAGACAUUCACGGAGCAGGGAUAGAAAAGGAAAUGGUCAUAAGUGGACUCCAUCGUGACAUGAAACGUGGUUCUCAUGGGAAGAUCUCCGCCGCAAGUAAAUCGCCUGUAUCGUCACCGCAAUCUCCCGGCACGCCUGUCACAUUAAUACCAUCACGACACGACACGAAAGUUCUUGACGAUGAUGACAGUGUAGUCAUCGGCCAAGGCGGUAUACAAGAUGCAAAGUCUGACAGUGCAGACGCUGGCACACCUACUCAGCAAGCUCUGGACGCGCCGAAUGCCCCUGAAGAGGUAGGAAAAGGUCACGCGCGAGAUCCAUUGGCCGACAAGUUAUUCCUCAAUGUCGGGCCGGGCACUACGGAUUUCUCCAAACCGCACGACAUCGAAACCGGCGCUACCGGCAUCAAUGAUCUUCCGAGCUUUGUCAUUUCUGAGUCUCCGUCUGGUCUAGAAGAACAUGAAUGUAACAUCUACGAGACGGCCUACCAAGAUGAGGUCCGGCGAAUCCUAGCUGAAAGACAAAGGGAAGAAGCCGCCUCAUCCUCGCCUACCACUCGUCCAGUUGUCAUGCACUUGACAAAACGAGUCGAACAUCUCGCCGAGUUGAGGAACCAUCCC